ACUCACGUACGCACAGACGACGCAGGAUGCUGGUGACGGUGGCGCUAGUGGCAGGCCUCCUGGGCGGCGCCCUGGCUCAGGACUCGGCCCCCGGAAGAAUAGCCUACAUGCAGCUAAUGUCCGGAUGUCUUGGUGAGGCACCCUACAGAGAGUACCUGGAGUCCGUCGCAGCCGCCCGGAGAGAGUGUGGGGGCGACGGCGGGUUCUUCCCGGGCCUCGCAAACGUGCUUCUCAGUCCCUCGUUGGCGGCUCAGUUCCCAGGAGUACAAGGACCGCCGUUCUCGCAGCCUGGCGUGGUGGUCGUCCAGCGGCCCGGAAUCUUCGGCCAGCUGCCGGGCUCACUCUCGCAGCAGUCGCGGGUGAUUCCUCAGCGACCGAAUCUGUUCUCCACGCAGCAGCCAGGAGUAUUUUCCACACAGCCAGGUAUAUUCACACAACACCCAGGAAGUUUCGGCCUCCAGUCACCAGGAUUCGUCACUCAGGGUCCAACUCGGCAACCUGGAAUAUUUUCCGAUGGGUCUGGAAUCUUCUCGGUGGUGAAUAGCCCGUCCUCAACAACACCAACUGCAGCCACCGACUCUCUGCCGCUCAUCCCAGUGCCUGUGGGGCCCAGUAGCCUCCGCGGCGUGCGGGCGAGGCGGCAGGUAACGGCUGGCGUGCCGGACAUCCAGCAAACAAAGGAGAACAUGCAAGCUCUCAUCAGCAACUUCACUUGCAUCCUGACUAAGCUGGCUGUGGUUAACAGUAAUCUGGACCUCAAUCAUCAAGGCCUGACCAACAGCGUCGUCAAUCUGCCAGUUGCAUCUGAACUCAAGCAAGACCUCCUUGAAUCCAUUGAGUUCUGCAGAGACUUGACGAGGUGCAUGCCACUGGAGAAGCAGCAGCUGCCAGUGCCGCGAAAACUGCAGCGGAUCAUGGACUACGUCAAGUGUGAAAAAGAAAGGAGACUCGAGGCCUGCCACAAACACAGUCUGAGGCAAAAUCUUCAAAAUUUCAACUUAAACCAAUUGCCUCUUUCUGGUAGUCGCUCCAGACGUGUGGAGGAAGUAGUGAACAUCCUUUUUGAUGCUCAGUCAGCCCAUGAGCUGGAGCUGAUCUAGGCGGUGAGCUUCAUCUUCUGACGGGACAACAUUCAAUGCUUCAAGCUGAUCUCAGAUGGCAAGCGGAGUGACUCCCUCACUAGAGGCUGACCUGGUGUGGUGACUGCUGACUUGGGCUAGUCUGUCUCACUGUGCAAUACAGAGGGACAAAUUGAGAUACAAAAAGGGAAUGGCCGCAUGAAUACAUGGUAAAACUUGUGUCCCUGUUCUCCCAUGGUAUAGUAACUUGACAGGGCAUGUAUCUUCAACUAAGUGAUUAAUAAAGAGAGAAUUGAAUUCUACUUACUACCAGAA